CUCUUUAUAUAAAGCUCACACUGUUUUACCUAUUUCUUCAUUCCCUAUUAUGCCAUCUAGCAAGAUCGUCAAUGUCCACAGUCAGGCCGCCAAUGUACAGGCCAUUCGGCAGGCCGUCGUCGAUGGCCUUGACCGACCUGCAGGGCAAAAGCAGCUGCCUACCCUGCUCCUGUACGACGAACGUGGGUUGAGACUCUACGACGACAUUACCACCAAAGUUCCCGAGUACUACCUCUUUGCCGCCGAGGAGGAGAUCCUGAAGACCAAGGCGGAUGAUAUUGUCCGUAUCAUGCAUGGCGGUGGCGGUGGUGACAUCCGACCUGACGAAGCCGUCCUCGAGCUCGGGUCUGGUGCAUUGCGUAAAACGUCUCAUAUUCUGCGAGGACUCGCCAAAUUGGUCCAAGACGGAUGUCCACCGGCUAGCCGUCCACCCAUCACGUACUAUGCUCUGGAUCUCGAAGAGCGUGAAUUGGAGCGUACACUUGGAGAAAUUGCCGAGUCCGAUGUAGGGAUGCUUCUUCAAGGGAAAGUGGAGACCAAAGGCAUGUGGGGCACAUAUGAUAAUGGUCUUAAAUAUGUCGAGGCUGGCGGGCUGAGGUCCUUCCCUUCCCAUACUUCCGUUAUGGACAGCCGUUUCUCUCCAGACUUGAAGCUUGACGCCAGAGACAUUUCACCCAACUCGUCUGUUUCCUAUGAUUCAUCCGCAACGGACUAUAUGCACUCAGACUCCCCGCCCUCUACACCCGAUGACACUCAGCCGCCCUUGCAUUUGCUGUUUCUUGGUUCGUCCUUGGGAAACUUUUCGCGUCGUGCGGGCACGGACUUUCUGCGAUCUCUUCCGUUGCGUCCCGGUUCAGGAGAUACGCUUCUCCUGGGUCUGGAUCAUGACAAUUCCAAGCAAGUUAUCGAAGAGGCGUAUAAUGACCGGAUGGGCUAUACCAGGAAAUUCAUCAUGAAUGGUUUGCGAAGAGCGGGAAAGGUGUUAGGAAAUGAGCACAUGUUUGAUCACGGAAAGUGGUCCUACGUGAAUAAUUACAACGAAUCGGAACGUCGACACGAGGCGUUUUUUAAAUGUACAGUUGAACACACUGUAUCCGAUCCCGCGACUACCGCAGAAUUCCUCUUUUUGAAAGAUGAAUUAGUCAAGAUCGAAGAGUCGUUCAAGUUUUCUGACCGGGAUGCCUAUACAUUGUUCAUUGAAAGUAAUCUCCGCCCCAUCCAACGGUGGUCCGACAGUCCUUUACGGUACUCCCUAUGGCUUUUGGAACGACCUUCAUUCAUAUUCCCCUUGUUGAGUUCUCCUGGCUCUGAGGCAACUUCCAUCGGCAGGAAGCAAUGUUCAACUCCUUUUGGUGUACCGUCUCCCCAGGAUUGGCAAUAUCUAUGGCAGUCAUGGGAUGUUAUUACGCGCAAAAUGAUCCCUCCUUCUAUGCUAUAUCAAAAGCCAAUUGACUUGCGACACAUCUGUUUAUUCUACCUGGGGCAUAUACCCACUUUUCUUGAUAUCCAUCUAUCUAGGCUCCUAGAGGAGCCCCAUACUGAGCCUGAUGGUUUCAAGUACAUAUUUGAGCGCGGAAUUGAUCCCAUCGUUGAUGAUCCGUCUGUAUGCCAUCCUCAUUCGCAAGUUCCUACCGAAGACAAGGAUUGGCCCACCCUGAACUCCAUACUUCUCUUCCAGGAUCGUGUCAGGGCAAGGUUGUUGAGUCUGUACCAAGAUGUCGAAGCGGGCAAGCAAGUUUUAACCAGAAAAAUGGGACGGGUCUUGUUCAUGACUUAUGAACAUGAAGCCUUACAUGCAGAGACACUACUCUAUAUGCUAUUGCAGCGUGCCGGAACUGGCACGCUCCCUCCUCCCGGCUUUGCAGCGCCUGACUGGGAGUCUCUGUCAGAGAAAUGGGCUGCCGAGUCCAAGCCCUCCUCCCCUACCAUCACGCUUGGCCCUGCUACGGUUACCCUAGGUCACGAUGAUGUGGAAGCAGAAGAUGCUCAAGCGAGUGAUGUAGCGACCCAUGAGUACGGCUGGGAUAACGAACACCCGAAACGGCAAGUACACGUUAACGAGUUCCGGAUCGAAUGGCGGCCCGUAACCAACGGCGAGUUUUAUGAAUUUUACAUGUCAGGACAUGGAAAGGACGUUCAGGUGCCCGCCAGUUGGGUGCAAGUCGCUGGGGCUAUGCAGGUUCGCACGUUGUAUGGUCCCGUUCCGAUGAACGUGGCAUACAGCUGGCCUGUGAUUGCGUCGUACAAGGACCUGUCGAGAUACGCUCUUGUCAAAGGCGGCCGCUUACCCACUGAGCCUGAACUUCGUCUAUUUUACGAUAAAUUUGAGGCAGGCUACGAAGGCGGCGCGAAUGUCGGUUUCCGGAAUUGGCAUCCCAUCCCGGCUACUACUGGAGGGGAAAGAGAUGGUGGUCGGGGCAGCAAUGGCGGCGUUUGGGAAUGGACCUCAACUCUAUUUGAAAAAUACGACGGAUUUGUUCCGUCUGCUCUCUACCCGGGGUACUCUAUGGAUUUCUUUGACGGAGCUCAUCAGGUUGUGUUGGGCGGUUCGUACGCUACCAUCCCAAGAAUAGCAUCGCGUCGAUCCGUUAGGAAUUGGUAUCAGCGUAAUUAUCCCUAUCCUUGGGUCGGUGGGCGUGUCGUGUAUGAAUUAUGAAAGCUGUGAGCAGUCAAAGUCAUCAAAGUCAAUGUACUACAGUUGUACCGUCUUUCAAUUCUAUGGAAAAGUGAAUAUUUGGCC